CAAAUUCGACCGCCUACUUACAUAUAAAUUCCGAGUCCAAAGCAUUUUCGGUCUCUUUCUGUUAACCUGGCAAAGGGGAGCAGCUGCUGCGAAUUCAUCGCCAAAUCCUGAAACGUAAGGAAUCAUGGGAAAGGAAAAGACCCAUAUUAACAUCGUGGUUAUUGGCCACGUCGACUCUGGAAAGUCCACCACUACCGGCCAUUUGAUCUACAAAUGCGGAGGCAUCGACAAGAGAACAAUCGAGAAGUUCGAGAAGGAAGCCGCUGAGAUGGGCAAGGGCUCCUUCAAGUAUGCCUGGGUGCUGGACAAACUGAAGGCCGAACGUGAGCGUGGUAUCACCAUUGACAUUGCCCUUUGGAAGUUUGAGACCAGCAAGUACUACAUCACCAUCAUUGAUGCCCCUGGACACAGAGAUUUCAUCAAGAACAUGAUCACCGGUACAUCACAGGCUGACUGUGCUGUGCUGAUUGUUGCUGGUGGUGUGGGUGAGUUCGAGGCUGGUAUCUCCAAGAAUGGACAGACCCGUGAGCAUGCCCUCCUGGCCUUCACCCUGGGAGUGAAGCAGCUUAUUGUUGGAGUCAACAAGAUGGACUCCACUGAGCCCCCAUACAGCCAGGCUCGCUUUGAUGAGAUCACCAAGGAAGUCAGUGCCUACAUCAAGAAGAUUGGCUACAACCCUGCUGCUGUUGCUUUCGUCCCAAUUUCUGGAUGGCAUGGAGACAACAUGCUGGAGCCCAGCACAAAUAUGACUUGGUUCAAGGGAUGGAAGAUUGAUCGUAAGGAGGGAAAUGCUUCCGGCACGACCCUCCUGGAUGCCCUGGAUGCCAUCCUGCCCCCCAGCCGCCCCACUGACAAGCCUCUCCGUCUGCCCCUGCAGGAUGUCUACAAAAUUGGAGGUAUUGGAACUGUGCCCGUGGGCCGUGUGGAGACUGGUGUUCUCAAGCCUGGCAUGGUUGUGACCUUUGCCCCCGUCAACGUAACCACUGAGGUCAAAUCAGUUGAAAUGCACCAUGAGUCUCUCCCUGAGGCAGCACCUGGUGACAAUGUUGGCUUCAAUGUGAAGAACGUGUCUGUGAAGGAUGUCCGUCGUGGUAAUGUGGCUGGUGACAGCAAGAAUGACCCACCCCAGGAGGCUGCUAACUUCACUGCUCAGGUCAUCAUCCUGAACCACCCUGGUCAGAUUUCUGCGGGUUAUGCUCCUGUGCUGGAUUGCCACACUGCUCACAUUGCCUGCAAGUUUGCUGAGCUCAAGGAGAAGAUUGACCGUCGUUCUGGCAAGAAGCUUGAGGACAACCCCAAGAACCUGAAAUCUGGAGAUGCUGCCAUUGUGGAAAUGGUUCCUAGCAAGCCCAUGUGUGUGGAGAGCUUCUCUACCUAUCCUCCUCUUGGUCGCUUUGCUGUGCGUGACAUGAGGCAGACUGUUGCUGUUGGGGUCAUCAAGAGUGUUGAGAAGAAGGCUGCUGGUGCUGGCAAGGUCACGAAGUCUGCACAGAAGGCUGCCAAGGCCAAGUGAAUUCUCCUUCCAGUUGUUUUAAUGGUGGAGUGUUCCCCUCCAUUUCCUGGAAUUUCUCUAAACCUGGGCACUCUACUCAAGGACUGGCUAAUGCUGAUUAAAACUCACCGGAAAAAUUUUCGCAGGAAAGGAUAAUUUGUUGUGGCUUCAUUGUUUACUGAUAGCAUCUUUUCAGUUGUGAAUUUGAGUUUGAUGGUUUAGAUCUGCACCUGUUGCCACAGUUAAAUUGGAAAGAAAGCUGCUGAGUAACUAAUAAAAAGUAUUAAAAAACUGCA